CGGUCUGGGCUGUGGUUCGGCUGCCAGCCGGCUGCAGUCCUCCGUCGGGAAGCUUCACGAUGGCUCUUUUCUGCUCAGCUCCGCAGCCUCUUGGGCCAUCUGGAGCCUCGGAACCUCUUUAGUGCCGGAGUUGGGGCCGCAGGCGGCGGGCGAGCAGCUCUUGUGCCCAGUGGGCCUCUAGGCAAGAUGUCCCUGCCCAUCGGGAUGUGCCGCCGGGCAUUCAGCUAUGAUGAUGCCCUAGAGGACCCUGCGCCCAUGACUCCUCCUCCAUCGGACAUGGGCAGCAUCCCCUGGAAGCCAGUGAUUCCAGAGCGCAAGUAUCAGCAUCUUGACAAGACAGAGGAAGGAGUGGCCAGUGUCUCUUCCCUUGCUGUGAUUCCAUCAACAGCCACUGACAAUUCAGACAAGGCUCCUGUGGUGAAGGCUAAAGCUACCCAUGUCAUCAUGAAUUCCCUGAUCACAAAACAGACUCAGGAGAGCAUCCAGCGUUUUGAGCAACAAGCAGGACUGAGAGAUGCUGGCUACACACCUCAUAAGGGCCUCACCACUGAGGAGACCAAGUACCUCCGAGUGGCAGAAGCACUCCAUAAACUAAAGCUGCAGAGUGGAGAGACAACAAAAGAAGAGAAGCAUCCUGCAUCAGCCCAGUCCACUCCGAGCAGCACCCCCCACUCAUCCCCCAAGCAGAAGUCCAGAGGCUGGUUCCCCUCUGGUUCCUCCACAGCCUUACCUGGCCCAAAUUCUCACACUAUGGAUCCUGGGAGUGGGAAUGACAAGAACUCAGCAGAAAAGUGGAGCCUCUUUGGACCGAGGCCCCUGCAGAGGUCUGACUCUGGUUUUGCCAUCCAGGCUUACAAAGGUGCCCCAAAACCCUCUCCUAUGGAGCUAAUGCGUGCUCAAGCCACACGAGUAGGUGACGAUCCAGCAACCUUCAAGCCGCCUAAGAUGGAUAUCCCAGUGGUAGAAGUGAAGAAACCACCACCUCGAACCCAUAAUCUCAAACCCCGUGACCUGAAUGUGCUCACACCCACUGGCUUCUAGAAUGCUUUCUGUCCAGGGUCUGCAACUUUCCCUGGGCUCUGACAUAGGAGUGAUGUAGUUAACUGGAGGCUGGAGUGACAUUGUGCAGAUUGUCUUUGUGUGAGAGAAACCAUUUUGCACUGCUUUCAAGUUGGUGGAAAAUGUCAGUGGUGCUGAGUGGGGCCUCACUUUUUUUUUAAAAAAUCAUUUAUCCUAGAGGAGAAUUUGGCCUUUGCUUUCUUAGGUAAAUAGUGCUGGUGUGCUUCCAAAACUAUCAACAUGAGCAGUUACAAAUCAUGAUAGAGGUGCCCACCAACUCAUUUGGACAGCCAUGGCUUCCUGAUAUGCUUGAGUCUUGUGAGUGGGCUUGGACUUGUCUGAGAGCUGGGUACAGCUCAUGACCACACUUGGCAGGACCCUGGCUCUCUAAGUUGAACCCCGGGUUCUUUUUCCUGAUUAGUCCAGUGUACAGUUGGAGGGUUGUCUAUCUGCUGUGUCACAGAACAAACACUAGUCUCGCAUGGCGUCUUUUGCACUUUAACAUGAAAUUAAUUGAGCUCCUAAUUGAGUCUACUGGUUUCAUGCUGAUAAAUGACUCCUUUUUCCCUUCCCUUACUGGGUCUUGCUCAUGCUAGGCAAGUGCUCUACCACUGAUUUUUACCCCUAGUUCCUGAAUCCUAAGCUUUUUUUUUUUUUUGGUUUUUUUCGAGACAGGGUUUCUCUGUGUAGCUUUGAGCCUCUCCUGGAACUCACUUGGUAGCCCACGCUGGCCUCGAACUCACAGAGAUCCGCCUGCCUCUGCCUCCCGAGUGCUGGGAUUAAAGGCGUGCGCCACCACCGCCCAGCUUUUUUUUUUUUUUAAAGUUGUAUGUGUUUUGUUUUUUGAGAUAGGGUCUUACUAUUGGCUAGGCUGGAACUCACUCAGUAGACUCAAAGAGAAGAUCUACCUGCCCCUGCCUCCAGUGCUGGGAUUAAAGGCGUAUACCACCACACCCAGCUCAAGCUUUUGUUAAAGAUAGGUACAAUUGGAUUAUAGUCUUCAGGUUCAUCUGAACUUGGUGUCACCUUAUUGUGAUAACCUUGAGAGCAUUUUCCACCAAGUUAGCCUCAUAUGUUCAGUAACAUAUCUUACUGAGGAAAGGAUUCUCAUUGUUCACAGGUCUGUUGGUCUUGCACACUGUCACAUUCGCUUGCUAGAUCAUUUUAGAUAUUAGUCUGUUUACAUAAUGAGCUAACCUCACAGAGAAGCUCUGGAGUCUAAGAUUGUUGUAAAAAUUAAUUUAUUUGUGUUAAUCUUGUAUUGACAAUAAAAAUCUUUACUACUUUCUCAAA